GGCGGGCGGGAUGGCCGGGAACAGCCUGGUGCUGCCCAUCGUGCUGUGGGGCCGCCGCGCCCCCACGCACUGCGUGUCCUCCCUGCUGCUCAUGGACGGUGCCACCGUCAUCGUCACCGGCUGCCACGAUGGCCAGAUCUGCCUCUGGGACCUCAGCCCGGACCUGCAGAUUAAUCCCCGAGCUCUGCUGUUUGGUCACACGGCCUCAGUUACUUGUUUAUCCAAGGCUUCAGCUUCCAGUGAAAAACAAUAUAUAGUGAGUGCAUCUGAGAGUGGGGAGAUGUGCCUGUGGGAUGUGAACGAUGGGAGAUGCAUCGAGUUCACCAAACUGGCCUGUGCGCACACGGGAAUUCAGUUCUAUCAGUUCACAGUCGGCUCGCAGCGGGAAGGGAGGCUCCUAUGCCACGGGCAUUAUCCCGAAAUUCUGGUGGUGGAUGCCACCAGCCUGGAAGUUCUUUAUUCCCUGAUAUCCAAGAUCUCUCCUGACUGGAUCAGCUCCAUGAGCAUCAUCCGAUCCAACAGGACACAAGAGGACACCGUGGUGGCCGUUUCCGUGACCGGCAUCCUGAAAGUCUGGAUCAUCACCUCGGAAGUCAGUCGGCUCCAGGAUACCACGCCCGUGUUUGAGGAGGAAUCCAAGCCCAUCUACUGCCAGAACUGUCAGAGCAUUUCCUUCUGCGCCUUCACCCAGCGCUCGCUUCUGGUCGUGUGCUCCAAGUACUGGAGAGUUUUUGAUGCUGGGGAUUAUUCCCUCUUAUGUUCAGUUCCCAGUGAAAACAGUCAGACCUGGACUGGUGGGGACUUUGUGGCAGCUGACAAAGUGAUUGUGUGGACAGAGGAUGGACAAAGUUUCAUCUAUAAAUUACCAGCCAGCUGCCUCCCAGCCAGCGACUCGUUCCGCAGGGACGUGGGGAAAGCCGUGGAAAACCUGAUCCCACCUUUGCUUUACAGCGUGUUGGACAGGGCAGAGAAACAGCUCCUGAUAUGUCCUCCAGUCACUCGCUUCUUCUGUGGCCAGGGAGAGUUCUCCUACAAGUUGCUGAUCCAAGGAGACUCCUCGGGGAGACUGUGCAUCUGGAGCGUGCCCGACGCUCUGGAACAGCAGGAGAGUGCAAGAGGCCUGCCAAGCACCACCUCCAUCUCCCUGCAGGAAGCUUUCGACGAGCUGAGCCCUCGCCCCGCGGGCAUCAUCGACCAGCUGAGCGUGGUGCCCGGGCUGGGCGAGCCGCUGCGGGGGACGGCCAGCGUGUACAUCCCGGCCCACGGGCGCCUGGUGUGCGGCCGCCAGGACGGCAGCGUGGUCAUCGUGCCCGCCACCCAGACCGCCAUCGUCCAGCUGCUCCAGGGAGAGCACAUGCUCCGCAGGGGUUGGCCGCCCCACCGGACGCUGCGGGGCCACCGGAACAAGGUGACGUGCCUGCUGUACCCUCACCAGGUGUCCUCCCGCUACGACCAGCGCUUCCUGGUCUCGGGAGGGGUGGACUUCUCCGUCAUCGUCUGGGACAUCUUCUCGGGGGAGAUGAAGCACAUCUUCUGCGUGCACGGCGGCGAGAUCACCCAGCUCCUCGUGCCGCCCGACAACUGCAGCGCCCGAGUGCAGCACUGCGUCUGCUCCGUCGCCAGCGACCACUCGGUGGGCCUGCUGAGCCUGCGGGAGAAGAAGUGCAUCAUGUUGGCCUCCCGCCACCUCUUCCCCAUCCAGGUCAUCAAGUGGAGACCUGCUGACGACUACCUGGUGGUGGGCUGCUCCGACGGCUCCGUGUACGUCUGGCAGAUGGACACCGGCGCCCUGGACCGGUGUGUGAUGGGCAUCACGGCGGUGGAGAUCCUGAACGCCUGUGACGAGGCCGUGCCCGCCGCCAUGGACGCCCUCAGCCACCCCGCCGUCAACCUGAAGCAGGCCAUGACCCGCCGCAGCCUGGCCGCCCUCAAGAACGUGGCCCACCAGAAGCUGCAGACCUUGGCCACCAACCUCCUGGCUUCCGAGGCCUCCGAUAAGGGGAAUUUACCCAAAUACUCCCACAAUUCCCUGAUGGUGCAGGCCAUCAAGACCAACCUGACGGACCCCGACAUCCACGUGCUGUUCUUCGACGUGGAGGCCCUGAUCAUCCAGCUGCUGACGGAGGAGGCGUCCCGGCCCAACGCCGCCCUCGUCUCCCCGGAGAACCUCCAGAAGGCCUCCGGCGCCUCCGACAAGGGCGGCUCCUUCCUGGCCGGCAAACGGGCGGCCGUGCUCUUCCAGCAGGUCAAGGAGACCAUCAAGGAGAACAUCAAGGAGCACCUGCUGGACGACGAGGACGACGAGGACGACGCGCUGAGGCAGAGGAGGGAAGACGGCGACCCGGAAUAUCGCGCCAGCAAAUCCAAACCGCUCACCCUGCUGGAGUACAACCUGACCAUGGACACGGCCAAGCUCUUCAUGUCCUGCCUGCACGCCUGGGGCCUCAACUCCGGGCUGGACGAGCUGUGCCUGGAGCGCCUGGGAAUGCUGAAGCCCCACUGCUCCGUGUCCUUCGGCCUCGUGUCCAGAGGAGGCCACAUGUCCCUGAUGCUGCCCGGCUACAACCGGCCCGUGGGCGGAGCGGGCGGGGAGCCGGGCGGGAAGGUGUCCGGCGCUGAGGGGCCGGGCAAGGGCACCUACGGCGUGUCCCGCGCCGUCACCACCCAGCACCUGCUCUCCGUCAUCUCCCUGGCCAACACCCUGAUGAGCAUGACCAACGCCACCUUCAUCGGCGACCACAUGAAGAAGGGGCCCACCAGGCCACCCAGACCCGGCACCCCCGAGCUGGCCAGAGCGAAGCCACCACCCCCUCCCGUUUCCAGCCAAGGGCAAAUUAAACAAGUUGCUCCUGCUGCUGCUUCUAACCUGGAAUCUGGGCACUCUGACACUGCUCCUCCUUUACAUUCCUGUUUCUUAGUCAAUGAAGGCUGGAGCCAGCUGGCAGCCAUGCACUGUGUGAUGCUCCCGGACCUGCUGGGCCUGGAAAAAUUCCGCCCCCCUCUCCUGGAGAUGCUGGCGCGCCGCUGGCAGGACCGGUGCUUGGAGGUGCGGGAGGCGGCGCAGGCGCUUCUCCUGGCCGAGCUGCGGCGCAUCGAGCAGGCGGGCCGCAAGGAGACCAUCGACGCCUGGGCCCCCUACCUGCCCCAGUACAUGGACAGCGUCAUCUCCCCUGGAGUGCCCACAGAAGCUGCUCAGACUGGCACUGCCAGCCCAGAAUCCGUGGGCACAGAGGGCAAAGUGCAGGAGGAGGAGCAGGACCUGGGGGAUGAUGAUAUCGCAGCGGGCAAGGCACUGACGUUCCUGCUGCUGCAGCCGCCCAGCGCCCGGCUGCCGGCGCACUCCACCAUCCGCCGCACCGCCAUCGACCUCAUCGGCCGCGGCUUCACCGUCUGGGAGCCCUACAUGGACGUGUCCGCCGUGCUCAUGGGGCUGCUGGAGCUCUGCGCCGACGCUGAGAAGCAGCUGGCCAAGUGGGUGCACCGGCACACGGCGCUGGCGGCCAACACGCAGUCGCAGCAGAACAUCCACACCACCACCCUGGCCCGGGCCAAGGGCGAGAUCCUGCGGGUCAUCGAGAUCCUCAUCGACAAGAUGCCCACGGACGUCGUGGACCUGCUGGUGGAGGUGAUGGACAUCAUCAUGUAUUGCCUGGAAGGAUCUUUAGUGAAGAAGAAGGGCCUUCAGGAAUGUUUUCCGGCCAUCUGCAGGUUCUACAUGGUGAGUUAUUACGAGCGGAGUCACCGGAUCGCCGUGGGAGCCCGGCACGGAUCCGUGGCGCUCUACGACAUCCGCACCGGGAAGUGCCAGACCAUCCAUGGCCACAAAGGGCCCAUCACCGCCGUGGCGUUCGCCCCCGACGGCCGGUACCUCGCCACCUACUCCAACUCCGACAGCCACCUCUCCUUCUGGCAGAUGAACACGUCCCUGCUGGGGAGCAUCGGGAUGCUGAACUCGGCGCCGCAGCUGCGCUGCAUCAAGACCUACCAGGUGCCGCCGGUGCAGCCGGCCUCGCCCGGCUCCCACAACGCCCUGCGCCUCGCCCGCCUCAUCUGGACCUCCAACCGCCACGUCAUCCUCAUGGCCCACGACGGCAAGGAGCACCGCUUCAUGGUCUAGGAGGAAGCAGAUGCCGGCGGCGGGAAGAGCCGGCGGCGCGGGAUCAGCAGCACCUCAUCCCGAGCCUGGCUCCUCCUCAUGGAUGUCAUCCCACCCCUGUUCCCUCUGGAGCCUCCCGGAAUGUCAGUGUUUACCACAACAGCUCCUUGUUUACAUGGAUUUUCUCCCGGAAUGCUGGUGGGUGACACAGCCCAGAGCCUGGGAAUGGGGAGGGCUGGAAUUUGGGAUCGAGGCUCCGUUUCCGAGGGAUUUGGGAAGUGCUGCCGCACCCAGGCCGGAAGGAAAAAAUAAUAGUGUAUAUAAAUAAUUUAAAAAGCCCUUUCAGUGGAACAGCAAACUUGGAGAAAAGGAGUAUUUAUAUAUAAAGGUGGUUUUUGCUACCAGUGCAGGUAUUUAUUUAAAUAAAGGACAAAGAGGAGCCAUUUGGGGCUGGAGAAAUGAUCAGAACUAUGGAAAAAGCAAAUUAUUGACUGGAUAGACUGAAACAUUUCCGUCAGUAGGAAUAUUCCUGUGUUACACUGGCUGUGACUGUGUUUCCUUCUUACAUAUCUUCAUUUUGUGGAAUAUUUAGUGUGAAAUCUGCUGGUUUCUGCUCACGGGCAAGAGAAGAUUCUCUCUUAAUUGUGUGUUUGUCCAGCUUUUCCUUGGCUGCAGAGCUUGGCCCUACAUGUUAAACUAAAAGCGGUACUUGGAGAAUCCAAGAGGAAUAAAUUAAUUCCUCAAAUGGCUUCUAAGGGUAAAAUGCAUUUAUUUCCUCGUGCAGUGCUCAGGUGAGAUUUGCAGCCCAGCAGCUCCAUAUCUACCUGCUGUUUAAAAUCCCAUUCCAAAGCAGGACAUUAGGAAUGUUGACCACAAACUGCCGGGAACGUUCCCGGCGGAUAUUCCUGGCCCUGUCAUUCCAGUGUGAGCUUCCCGUGCCGUAUCCCUGCUGUGUUUGUCAGUGUAGAGGUGUCUGUGGCUUUCCCUGGCAGUUCCCAAGCCAAAGGUGACACCUGGGUGAGAGGGGGGUGACGGGAGUCACCGUGUGACCGGUUCCAGGGGCUGCUCCUCCGGGAAUCCGCUCCCCUCCCUGCCUGUGGAUAAAAAUUCCCGGUGUAAAGAUGCUCGUGGAAUAAAACUGGACUGAAACCUG